CAGCAAUUUUCGUAUUGCAGAGUAAGGAAAAAUGGUGCAUAUGGCGAGGAACAUGAGGGUUCCACAAAACUCAGCUAGUUUGGCUGAAGCUAAGAAGAGGACCUUAGAAUUCUUCAGGAUGUGUUGCAGAUCCAUCCCUGAGUAUGUGGAAAUUUACAACUUAUACGACAUCAUUUCCCCCUCUAAACUCCGUUCUACUGUCACUGCCAAAGUUCGCAAAAAUUCAAACGUUACUAAUCCUAAGGUAAUUGACAUGCUGUUGUUUAAGGGCAUGGAAGAGUUGACGAACUGUAUGGACCACUCAAAACAGAGGCACCAUCUUGUUGGGAAAUAUGCCUUAGGUAAUCAAGGUCUUGAAGAGGAACUUGGACAUAAAGAUCAGGGCAGCUCUAAUUUCAUGAAAAACUUUUAG